GGGUUCCCGGGAGGGUUAUGGAGAUGACCGGAUGUGACGUCUGUAAGUUCCGGUUGGCCACAAACCAGCGGCUGCUGUGAGAGUCGGUCGGCGGCCGCUUUCAGGAUCCGGAGAUCCGGAGGAUCCGGGAUCAGAGAGGCUCCUCAAGAGUUACUGAUCAAUGAAAUGGCAGAGAAUGGAAAAAAUUGUGACCAGAGACGUGUAGCAAUGAAUAAAGAACAAUAUAAUGGAAACUUCACAGACCCCUCUUCAAUGAAUGAAAAGAAGAGGAGGGAGCGAGAAGAAAGACAGAAUAUUGUCCUGUGGAGACAGCCACUAACUACCUUGCAGUAUUUUUCUCUGGAAAUCCUAAUAAUCUUGAAGGAAUGGACCUCAAAAUUAUGGCAUCGUCAAAGCAUUGUGGUGUCUUUUUUGCUGCUGCUUGCUGUGCUUAUUACUACGUAUUAUGUUGAAGGAGCUCAUCAACAGUAUGUGCAACGUAUAGAGAAACAGUUUCUUUUAUAUGCCUACUGGAUAGGCUUAGGAAUUUUGUCUUCUGUUGGCCUUGGGACAGGGCUGCACACCUUUCUGCUUUAUCUGGGUCCACAUAUAGCUUCAGUUACAUUAGCUGCUUAUGAAUGUAAUUCAGUGAAUUUCCCUGAACCUCCCUAUCCUGAUCAGAUUAUUUGUCCAGAUGAAGAAGGUACUGAAGGAGCCAUUUCUUUAUGGAGCAUCAUCUCAAAAGUUAGGAUUGAGGCCUGCAUGUGGGGUAUCGGAACAGCGAUAGGAGAACUCCCUCCGUAUUUUAUGGCCAGAGCAGCUCGCCUCUCAGGUGCUGAGCCAGAUGAUGAAGACUAUCAAGAAUUUGAAGAGAUGCUGGAAAAUGCUGAGACUGCACAAGACUUUGCCACCCGGGCUAAAUUGGCAGUACAAAACUUAGUACAGAAGGUUGGAUUUUUUGGAAUUUUGGCCUGUGCUUCAAUUCCAAAUCCUCUCUUUGAUCUGGCUGGAAUAACAUGUGGACACUUUCUCGUACCUUUUUGGACAUUCUUUGGUGCAACUCUGAUUGGAAAAGCAAUAAUUAAAAUGCAUAUUCAGAAAAUCUUCGUUAUAAUAACAUUCAGCAAGCACAUAGUGGAACAGAUGGUGACUUUCAUUGGUGCUGUCCCUGGCAUAGGUCCAUCUCUGCAGAAACCAUUCCAGGAAUACCUGGAAGCCCAGCGACAGAAGCUUCAUCACAAAAAUGAAAUGGGCACGCCACAGGGAGAAAAUUGGUUAUCCUGGAUGUUUGAAAAGUUGGUGGUUGUGAUGGUGUGUUACUUCAUCCUGUCCAUCAUUAACUCCAUGGCACAAAGUUAUGCCAAACGAAUCCAGCAACGGUUAAACUCCGAGGAGAAAACUAAAUAAGCAAGAAAAGGUUUUAACAACAGAACUUAAAAUGGAUGGGUUCUGCCUUAAAUUGGGAGGACUCCAAACCAGGAAAAGAAAUUCCCUUUACCAGGCUGUAUCAAUCUUUUUAAAUUGUUUUUUUUUCCUGAAGGCAGGUUAGUCCCCAUUUUGCACUCACAUAACUUAUUCUUUGUGUGCUAAGGUAAACUAUCCACCCUGAAUUCAAUCUAAGUUGUAUAUUAUUUGGGUGGAAUAUGAUGUCCAGCAGUAAACAUAACAAAAACUGGCCUUUUAUUUGCUAUUUUCAAAAGGCCCACAUGGUACAAUGAAAGAAUUUCAGACACACACAAAAGGGGGGGAAAAGUAGUUUCUAAGGAUGUCAAGCUUUUCAGGCUUGUCACAAAUGACUGCUUUGUUUUUCUAAGUCAUCAAAAUGUAUAUAAACUAUACUAGAUUGGGUAACAGUCUUGCAUGUCUAUCAUGGUAAAAUUUAAUAUGCUAUCCUGCCAACCCUCUCUCCCCCCUGCAAAAAAAAGGGGGCCAUUUUAUGAUGCAUUGCACACGCUCUUGGGAAAUUGAUCUUUAAAUUUUGAGACAGUAUAAGGAAAAUCUGGUUGGUGUCUCAUGAAUGAGCUUACACCAUUUUUUUAUUCUGUAUAUUUAGAAUGAAGUCAUAAAAAAACUUUAUAAAGAUAUCUUUGAUCAUUCCAAAAUUGUGUCCGUUUUCUUGAGGUUUUAAUUUUUAUUUCCUUUUAGCUUCUACUAACUGAAUGGCAGGCUUGCCAAAUCCACCUAUAGUUACAGUUGCUUAAGUCUUCAUUUAUUUGCAUGAGAGAGACACUGCCAAGGUUUUGUUUUUUAAGUGAUAGAAUUGGGCAGGCUUCACACAAUCAAAUAACACCUCAAGUAUUGGUACAGCAAGGGAAUUUCUUGGUUUGUAAAAACAAGAGAUGACAGUAUGCAAAUCAAAGGACACUAAAAAGAAAUACAUAUUUUUUCUUAAACCAUACUCUCUCACAUCUCUUUACUUUAGCUCAACAUUUACUGUGGUUUUAAAAACAGAAAAUUUUACUUUUAUAUGUAACUUUUUUUUUUUUUUUUUUUUUUGCUUUAUUAAGUGUUUUGUUCUUAUGUGAUUCCCCCACCCCCCGGGAUCUUGAUGGUUGAACUUGGUCAUUUGUUUUGCUUAAAAGGAAAAUAAACAGUUUCAUUUUUUUUCCUUUAGGAAAAUUGGUACUGGCAUUAUGUUAAGAAGUAGAAUUGGGUUUAGAUCUCAGUAGGCCAGAAAUGCCUAGUUACUUGAUCAAAUCCUGCCUGAGUCUUACUUGCCUUCCGUCGUGACAUCUCCAUGACUGUACCACCUUGUCGGGUAGCUUAUCAGACUGAUGUUGACUGUUGAAUCUCAUGGCAACAGCAGUCGAUGGGCUGUCUGACAUUUUGGUAUCUUUCAUCUGACCAUCCAUACCAAGUGUUCCCAUUCAAACAUGAACCCACCAUUAUGGUUUAAUAAAUAAAGACACUCACUUCUGGCCCCUAGAGGUAGUGGCACUACAUCUAGUGGCACUUUUGAAUCUUUCUUGCUAUGGCACUACAGCACUAUUAAACCAAGAGUUGGUGGAAAACUGAGAUAUUCCUCAUGACCACAACUAAAGGAUUCGUGGUUUGCUUCAUGGUUUUGAAAAGGUUACUACUUCCUUAACAUUUUUUAUUUUUUUAACCCAGGACUAUCUGAGUAGCAUUAUGGUUGCCUUGCUUGAAAAGCAGUACCCAACUGUUUUAUUUUAAAUUUUAUACUAACCAACAUAAUUUUUCAGAUUCUGUAGGAUUAGGAUAAUUUUUGAGUCAGCUUCCAGUUUUACUUCAUCUCCUUCACCUGUAUUUUAUUUGGUGUUUGACUGAAGAACACAGAGGAAAGGAAAUAUAAGUUGUACUAUUUGUACUAAAUCUUUGGAACUUAUUUCAGGACAGUAUAUCUGCAAAAGAAAAGUGUUCUUUAGGCCAAACAUUUUAAGUUGUUAACAUUUUAGGCUUAAAAUAACAAUGUGUCCCAGCUUUCAAAUGAACUCACUUUGAGGGAAAAAAACAAAGAACAGCUCACGUCCUUUCUUCCACUAAGUGUUCAGGUGUGGCUUCCUGCUGGACUCUGGCUGGAGCAGUGUGCUACCUUCUAUCCCACUGGUUGACUUCUUCCUUUCUUAUAUCCACCAAAGUGAACACAAAAAACUAUCUGAUCCCAAAGACUUGCCCGAUUAAUUCAGCUGAUGUGACACAAGAUAAUCUGUGAAUGGAUGAUUUGAUAAUGCUGCAAAUAAAAAGGGUCUGGGAAUUCUUCUGAUCUCA